AUGACUCAUUCGUCGACUUCUCAUAAUACCGGUGUAUUGCUUUCAACGGCGGUUGUGUACAUUGUCGAUGCCAGCGGAACAAAGCAUCCGUGCCGCGUUCUAUUAGAUAGCGGCUCACAGGCUAACUUUAUAGCGCGAUCUUAUGCCAAAAGGUUGCAAUUGAGGGCAAAUCCGAGUAACAUAAAAAUAAUAGGAAUUAACGGUACAACCAGCAGCGCGAGCGAGGUCGUUGUAAUAAAGUUACAUUCACGAUUGAACGAAUUCGCCGCGACGAUAGAAUGCAUAAUAACGGAUCGCAUAACCGAGCGUCUCCCGGUGUCGUCAAUUGACAGAACGGAAAUACGGAUACCGCCGACCAUCAAAUUAGCUGAUCCAGAUUUUCACCGAAGAUCGGACAUAGACGUGUUGGUGGGUGCCGAAUUGUUUUGGCAGUUGAUUUGCGUGGGGCAAUUAAGAGCCUCCCACGCGCACCCUACGUUACAGAAAACGCACUUUGGCUGGGUUCUCGCCGGUCGUUUCGGCGGCGAGACGCGUAAGACGCGCGCCCGCGAGAUAGGAGCGUUCUGCGCGUCGGUAACCGAGUCAGAAUUGCAAAAUCAGUUAGCGAGGUUUUGGCAAUUGGAGGAGAGCUGCCGGCCUCGCGAUUCGUAUUCGAGCGUGAAACGUUUUUGCGAGAAACAUUUCCGCGACAACACGACCAGAGAUGAUCAAGGUCGGGUGAUAGUUACGCUACCAAUAAAGGAGGAUAAAAUAAGAAAGCUGGGCGAUACGCGCGACGUGGCCCUGCGACGAUUUUACGCUCUAGAAAAACGACUAGAUCGCGAUCCGAUUUUGAAGUCGCAAUAUAGCAAUUUUAUCCACGAAUACUUGUCGCUCGGGCACAUGAAAUGGAUAGAUAGCGUGAAUGACGAUGACGGAGAUUUGCCGGCGUGUUACCUACCCCACCACUGCGUGCUAAAACCUUCAAACGAAACCACUAAGUUGAGGGUGGUCUUCGAUGCUUCGUGCGAGAGUUCAACCGGAGUAUCGCUGAACGACGCGCUUAUGGUCGGCUCGACGGCACAGCAGGACUUAUUCUCUAUCAUUUUGCGAUUUCGUACGCUCGCGUUCGUUUUUUCGGCGGACAUUGUCAAAAUGUAUCGCCAGAUACUAAUCAAUCCGAAACAAACUAAAUUGCAGCGUAUAUUCUGGCGAGACCACACCGGCCUGAUCUUACGAAUAGGCGAACUAUUAACAGUAACAUACGGAACGGCAGCCGCCGCGCAUCUAGCAAUCAAAACCCUUGAAUACUUAGCGGAGACCUACGCGAAACAGUUUCCCGUAGGGGCGGAGCAUAUAAUGCGCGAUUUUUACGUUGACGACAUGCUAUUGGGUGCCGAUACGCUCGAGGAAGCACUAAAAAUAAAGAGCGAGGUCGUUGAAAUUUUGAGUCGCGGCGCGUUUCAGUUAAGCAAAUGGUCCUCGAAUCAUGUAGCUCCUAACAGGUGA